CAGAUGCAUUUGACAGUCUGACCUAUCAGAAUCAUGGCACCAGCUUCACUCACUGAAAUGCCACCAAAUUUCAUAAUAAAAGACAGUGUGAAGAUGAUCGUGUUCUGCAUGACACUGGUUCUCCUUCAUCAAGGAUAUACUCUGGUUCCAGUGACCACAGUUCAGCUUGGUGAACCUGCAACCUUCACCUGUUCUUUCCUUUACAAAGAAUGGAAAGAUAAACAAAUUCAGUGGUACAAGCAGAGUGCCGGGGGCACUCUGAAAUUCAUUGCGGGACAUCGAAAACAUACAAGCGCAGUGUAUGGAUCAGCGAUUUCUUCCUCUAGACUGGAUCUAAAGAUUUAUGAGAAUGUUAACAAUCUGACCAUUUUGAGGACCACUCCAGAAGACGAGGGACUGUAUCACUGUGCAGUUGUGGACUGGAUGAACAUGACUUGGAGUGGGAGCUAUUUAUUGUUGAAAGGAAACACUCAGAGGACAUCAAACUACACUGUUGUUCAGUGGCCAACAGUUUCUGAUCCAGUCCGUCCAGGAGACUCGGUGACUCUCCAGUGUUCGGUCCUCUCCGACUCUGACAGUAACAUGUGUCAAGGAGGUCGCAGUGUGUUCUGGUUCAGAGCCGGAUUAGACAAAUCUCAUCCAAACAUCAUCUACGCAGAUGGAAACAGACAUGAUGAAUGUGAAAUGAGAUCUGACACACAGAAAAGCUGCGUUUAUCGCCUCACUAAGGACAUCAACUCCACUGAUGCUGGGACGUACUACUGUGCUGUGGCCACAUGUGGAGAGAUAAUAUUUGGAGAUGGAACAAAACUACAUAUUGAGCAAACAGCAAGUUGUGAUUUUCUUGCUGUGGUGAUAGCGGUGGUCUGUCUGAUCAUUUCUGUUAUUGGAAACAUUGUGUUAAUCUGUUGCCGAAUUUCAAGACCAAAAUGUGAACAAUCUGUGGGAAAAGAAAGCUCCUCUUCACAAACAGGAUGUGACAACUCGAGCCAACCAGUACGUGAUACUGAAGGUGGAGGUGAUCUGAACUAUUCUGCGCUGACUUUCUCUGGUGGGAAAGCUACAAAAGGAAGGAAGAAGAAGGAGUUGAAGACUGAAGAAAGUAUGUAUUCACAAGUCAAAUACUCAGUGUGAACAUGUGUCUCUGAAAAAUCUCUGAGUUGAUUUAUAGUGCUGAUUUCUGGCAGCGUAAAUAAAGAAUAGUUGAGUGAGGUGCUUCGUGACAAAAGCCAAAAUCAUACUGUAACAUCCUCACAUGUAAUUGUAAUGUGUGUGACAUUCAUGUUCCAUGUUUUACUUUACACUCCUUGCAUUGUAUUAUGUAUUUGCAUUACUGAUUGUUGUCCUUUGGUUUUGGAAAUGCUAACCUUAUCUGGCUUCAUUAAAAAAUAAUACACAUAAUACCUUAACAGUGUGAGUUUUUUGAAAGCUCUUUUAUAAAUAAAGCUUGACUGAUUAUCAAGUCUGCAAUUGACUGUUGACCAGUCCAGGGUGUACCCCGCCUCUCGCCCGCAUUCAGCUGCGAUAGGUUCAAGUUCCCCUGCGACCCUGACGGGUAAGUGGUAUAGAAAAUGGAUGGAUGGAUGGAUGAUUUAGCAAGGUGGAAGAUUUCAGUGUGUCAGUUUUUAUUCCCUGUCAUUUUACCCUGAAAAUGCUUUGUGAAGGAAUCUCGUUCUGGGCAGUGUGGCCAGGAGGAACAUUCACAGCAACCAGUAAUUCUUACAGUGCAGGACUAUGUGUGUAUUCCCCU